CAUCUGUUCCUCCCUGUGAUGGUGUGAAGGACAGAGUGUUUACACCUCCGUAUGUGACCUGACUGUCGUGUCGCCAGCCUCACAACAACACAGCAUAGCCCACAACACGAUGCGACAAAUGACGGUCACCACCGUGAGCACACGACACUGGACAGUGAUCUGGUCCCUGACUUUACUCACUCUCAGCUCUGUCAGCCAUGGAUUUAUCAUCGAGGAAACCAUCCCACAAUACGAUUCGACUAUGUCCAAAUAAAAGACGGAGAGGAAGGGGAGUUUGGACAAGCGGUCUACUGUGGGACCACCAGUUUCGAUUACCUGUCUACGUCCAACAUCGUCCGGAUUCGGUUUGUCUCGGACGUAAGCGGGCAAGACGCUGGUUUCCGCAUUCAUUAUGAACAAAUCUCCACCUCCCAGCAGAGAGAGUCAGGCUGUAACAUGACGGUGGUAGAACCGGGUAGUGUGACGUCACCAGGCUACCCUUCUCCGUACCCAGCCGACUCGGUGUGUGUGUACCGUAUACAGCCUUGCCGAGCCUCCUGGGCACAUUUUGUGGGCGGAGUCAGCCCUUGCCCUUGACCUCCAGUGACAACUCGAUGACCCUACGCCUGGUCUCAGACGCCAGUCUCCAGUCCCGGGGUUUUAACGUCACCGUUAUCUUCCUGUCCUCCUCCACCACACCGAUGACGACAUCAACGAGCGCCCCAGUUACUUCAACACCAAGUUCAGGUGUUGCUGGAACUACCACAACGCCGGAUGGACACAGCCAGCCCCCGGUCACAUUCAGCGGUUGCAACGGCACGAUCCUGUCAGCGGUUUCGAACAUCAGCUCUCCAAACUUCCCCCUCAACUACCCUCACAACUCUUACUGCGUGACCAGGCUAAGGAGUGACGUACACAGCACCUUCUUCAUCCACUUCCUCAACUUUCACAUCGAGGAGGCCGAAGAUUGUUCCUACGAUUCUCUCACCAUUUUUGGAGCCAAUGAGACAGCCCCCAACAGCUCAAGUGACAUGAGUGUACCGAUACGGCGCAUGUGCGGAAAUGACCUCAGCCAGCCAAUCAUCACAUAUGAGGGGCGUGGCUUAGAUCUUGUCUUCCGGUCUGACAUGUCGGUCCACGAAGCCGGCUAUUUGGCGCAUGUUCUCAUAACGCCCAUUGUUAAUGGAGCAGCGUGCCCAGACGUAUGUCAGAACGGAGGGACUUGUCUAGAGGUGUUGUUGGCGGACGGUUCUGUGGACUGGAGAUGUCAGUGCGCCGAACGUUUCACGGGCACCCUCUGUGACGCCAUCGCCCCGCCGUCAUGUGACCGGGUGGAGUGUCACAACAAUGGCGUGUGUCGGGAGGAGAACGGAGACGCUGUCUGUGUGUGUACUAACGGCUUCACCGGGCAGUUCUGUGAGGAGGCGGUCACGCUGACAGAAGGAGGCGCCCUGUACUUCACCCGUAUGGCGUCCAACAUGUCUCUGGGGCUGGGCAGUAGCGCCAUCCUGGAGUGUGCAGUCAGCGAUGCUCAGGCCAACGUCAUGUGGUUGUUCCAUGACCGCAUUUUGACCACCACUGACCGGUCGCGUGGGGUGGAGGUACACCCAGGAGGUGUGGUGGUCAUCCCAGAGGUCACAGACGAGCACUCGGGUAGAUACACGUGCAUGGCAGUGACGCCUGGUGACCUCGCCGAGCGCUCUAUGUGGAUUGAACUAACGGAACCCUGCAGCCUCGACGUGGAGAAGUCGCCCAGUAACAAAACAGUGCGGGAGGGCCAGGCCGCCAUGUUCCAGUGCUAUGUGCCGGACGCUGACGUCAUGCUGUGGCGGAAGGGAGGUGACGUCAUCACACAGGGGCCUAGGAAGAGGAUUCUGGUGAACCACUACCUGGUGAUCAACCCAGUGGUGGAGACCGACGCCGGCGAGUACACGUGUGCAGCAAGGAGCAGCAGCGGCUGUUUCUCCAAACGGACAGCCUACCUCACAGUGGAGGCCACGGGGCAUGGUACAGAGUGUGGUCGGCCUCGCGCCAGGCCCACAGAAGGAGGUUCAGUGAGAAUCAGCAGCGGCCGGGAGGCGACGAUCGGCUCAGCCCCAUGGCACGUCGUUUUGAGAGAGGACACAACGGGUACAACGUUUUGCGGUGGCUCCCUCAUCUCCCCCACCACUGUACUCACCGCCGCUCACUGUGUGGCACACUUUGAGGUCAUCUUCGGCUACCCUUUCCACCCGAGUCACAUUCAGAUAUACUUGGGGACGCAUCAUUGUGAGGGGAGUAAUGGCAUUUACAAACAGUUGAAGUCUUACAAGGUCCACGCCCAGUACAACGACACCUACUACAACAAUGACGUGGCGCUUUUCUACCUGGACUCUCCCGUCACAUACUCUGAUGACGUCAUGCCCAUCUGUCUGGAGAGAGAAGAUUUCGUGGAAGAACUUCUGAAACCAGGUCGUCUGGGCGUGGUCACAGGCUGCGGCGGAAGGCACGCCCAUCGGAGACCGCCCACACACUUACAUGAAGUGCAGGUCCCCUUCGUACCACGUGAUGUGUGCCAGGAGAGAGCGGAAGCUGUCAACACGACCUUCACCUCUGGCAUGUUCUGUGCCGGAUAUGCUCGCAGCAUGCGCGGUGACGCAUGCGCAGGGGACAGCGGCGGUCCUUACGUGAUAGAGUUCAGCGGCCGGUCUAUCCUUGCUGGUAUCGUGUCAUGGGGCGUGGGGUGUGACAGGGAGAACCACUACGGCUACUACACCUACGCCGCUCACUACUACGACUGGAUCAUGGAGCACAUGGAAGAAGAGUGAGAGGACUACACUACUACGCCAGCACCUAUAACAGCCCCUGUGUUAGGACAACAGUGUCAUAAGCGCACGUUCACUGUCACUACGUUGACUCAACUCAACCGUGUAGUAAAUGUACUUAAGGGGUUCCUGAAGUUUUCAAUUUUGUAAUGUCAGAAACAAACUACAGCAUUACAAUUGUAGAAAAUGCUAAACUCUUUAAGGGCGAAGCGGACAUAUAAUAAUGUUUGUUCAGCAGCAGACCAAAGGCAACUGCGUGUUACAUCUCGAACAAUCAUAACAUACAUGUACACAUCAGAAAAUGACUCAAUGCUCUUAGCUUACUUUUUAUAG